UAGGAGUGGAUCCGUCCGAAAGGUGGGCGGGAGAUGAUCCAGUGUCCUGAUAUGUUUGCAGCCGCCCACUCCCCCAGCGGACGCGUGUGCGCACCCCCAAGCGCAGCUGCGCGCAUCGAGGAUGCACAAGAGCAGAGGAGAGCAGCGCGCGCCCGUUGGACGUUGGCUGCUUGUGCCGCCGCUCAAGUCUCGGCCACUCCACUCCACGUUUUGCCCUUGGCUUUUUUUUGCGUGCUCGCCGCGCAGCGCUCGCUUCUCAUUUCCUCGUCACUCGACUCGCACCGACACGUCGGCGGCGGGACAAGUUGACAUCACUUGAGCAUCGCCGCUUCUCCGCGCUUCGUUUGCCAUCGGGAACCCGCGGCGAGUGCCUCGCACACGAGGGCAAGACGAGCCCGCCCAGCUGACGAUGAGGAGGACGGAUGCCAAAUUUCCUUUCCCCGCUCCGAGUGGAUUUAUCCUUUCUGAGAGACACCAUCGAGGAGUCCACACGCUGUGGUUUGCGAUGUGGAGACCGCAAGUGGUUGUGUGCACGCUGUGGCUGCUGCUGUCCACAUCUUUCGGUGCCGAGAGCAAAGCUCGAAGCUGCAGCGAAGUUAGACAAGCGUUUCAUGCCAAAGGAUUCAGUCUUGUCAAUGCGCCUCAUCAGGAAAUAUCAGGUGAGCACCUGCGCGUCUGUCCUCAGGGAUACACCUGCUGCACAUCCGACAUGGAAGACAAGCUCAACCAGCAGAGCAAGAUGGAGUUUGAGAAGUUGGUGGAGGAGAGGAGCCACAACAUGAGAGCGACGUUUGUUUCCAGCCAUAAAAAGUUUGACGAGUAUUUCUUGGAACUCCUGGACAAUUCAGAGAGGUCUCUGAACGGCCUGUUCUCAAGGACAUUUGGGAAGCUGUACAUGAAAAACUCGGAGGUGUUCCAGGAUCUGUUCACCGAGCUGAAGCGCUACUACACAGGGGGCAACGUCAACCUGGAGGAGAUGCUCAAUGAUUUCUGGUCCCGGCUGCUGGAACGGAUGUUCCAGCUAUUCAACUCCCAGUACCACUUCACGGACGAUUACCUGGAGUGUGUCAGUAAAUACUCUGAUCAACUCAAGCCCUUUGGAGAUGUGCCCAGGAAACUGAAGGCCCAGGUCACCAGGGCUUUGAUUGCCGCACGGACAUUUGUCCAGGGCCUCAUGGUCGGUCGGGAAGUUGCCAACAGGGUUGCCAAGGUGAACGUUGCUCCCACAUGUGUCAGAGCCUUGACCAAGAUGUUGUACUGCCCAUACUGUCGAAGCAUGCCCGGGCUCAAGCCCUGCAAAAACUACUGUCAAAACGUCAUGAGAGGCUGUCUCGCAAACCAGGCUGACCUCGAUCUCGAAUGGAACACUUUUACCGAUGCCAUGUUGCUGGUGGCGGAGAGGCUGCAAGGACCUUUUCACAUCGAAGCAGUCAUAGAGCCGAUUGACCUCAAGAUUUCCGAGGCCAUCAUGACUAUGCAGGACAACAACAAGAUACUGUCAGCAAAGUUUUUUCAGAAUUGCGGUCCGCCAAAGGCUUCAGGCAUAGGCAGGUCCGCACGUGGCAUUUCAGAUGUGUUCAGCGCCCGUUUCAGACCUUACCCUCCCGAGGAAAAGACAACCGCGGCCACGGAGACAAGCCUGGAUCGAUUGAGGGCUGUCUGGAUGGCAAUGCAACACAGUGUGAUUGACAUCAGAGAGAAACUGAAGGUGUCCAAAGGGUUCUGGUCCAACCUGCCAGAUGAUAUCUGCGCCGAUGGCAAAUUGGCAGAGUCUGACGAAGAGCAGUGUUGGAAUAGUCACACCAAGGCCAGAUAUUUCCCAGAGGUGGUGAAGGAGGGACUAACCAACCAGGUGAACAACCCAGAGGUGAACUUGGACAUCACCAGGCCCGACACGUUAAUUCGACAACAAAUAAUGGCCCUGCGUGUCAUGAGCAACAAGCUGAAAAAUGCAUACAAUGGAAAUGACAUCUACUUCCAAGAUUCCAGCGACGAAGGAAGCAGUUCCGGCAGCGGCAGCGGCUGCUCGGACGGCUGCACGACGGAGACCGUCCUCGUGGGAUCCAAGGCUCCUGUGAUCAGGGCCGACAGAAGUGACGUCCACACAGCGGCGGCGGCGGCGGGCAAGACGCUUUCCCACGGACCGUCGCAACUAUUAAUGAUGACCGCCCUCAUAACAUCAUUUAGCGCGGCGCAGCCCAGAUGGAGAUAAUACGAUGAGCGCGGGUUGCUCACUAACUACGAUACUGCCGCGCACAGUCUGUUUCAGCACGUUCAACGGCUGCUCCCUCACCCAGGCCUGUCGAAGCUUCAGGAAAACACCCCGUUGAGACUGGCUGACUGUGUGCAAGGACUGAAACCAGGACAGCGCUGCGUCCUUGUCAUCCCCAACAGAAAUGCUUGGUGACAAAACUGAAAAAGCUUUUCACCCCUGAACACAAAUGGUGGCGGUCACUCAUCGUUUUGGAGUGCAUUUUCAGUAUCAUCGCUGGUGACAACUCAACCGGUGACAUUCCUGCCGGUUAUAUUUUCUAGAUAAUGCAGGAAUGUGAUUUCAUUUCCUUCGUACAACAACUUCGGGACUGGGGUCAGUUGAUCGUAUUCGACCACCGCCAACCCACCCCUUUGGAUAGAAGAAAAAAAAAAGCUUACUGUGUGCAUGCAUAGAAAUAUUAUUCAUUUCAAUGCAGGCUUUGAAAUCUUUUGGCUUUAAUGAUUUGGACAAGAUUAUACACGAGUCGAUCGGACUUUUCAGACAUAGGGAAUCAGUUUGGCUUCAGGCGACUGCUUUCUUUUCGGCAUCUCAUCCUUGCACAUUUGCUCUCCAAAAGGGGCUGUUGGACUGCACCGAGGGAACCGCUUUGCACAGAUCUAUUUUGCCGGCCUGUUUGUUUGAACCAUACCAGAAACACAAAUUAGAAUACCUCUUCUUUUUUUUCCAAUCAGUUUUGGUAUCAUGCUAGCUAUAAUUGUUUCCAUUGAAGGUACUGAAAUGUCAUGUUGUUGGUUGAGUCAAAGACUAAUAAUUCUAAAAUCCUAUCCAUGAGAGAUUACUAACUUGCUUUGAUUUUGAUUUGUUCUUAGAAGGCUGUACUCCAUCUAUAAAUUCUGACCUCUUUUAUAAAAGUUUUUCCCAGUCAGUAUUUACUUCAGUCAUCAGACCGCAGCUUCCAAAUAUAAGGCAGAGGUAUGGUCUCGGCAGAAUCUCCCCAAAGCCAUCGAUUUGAAACUAAGCUGAGAGCAGAGGUUAGAGCCACGUGCCGGUAAUCAAAUGACUAAGGUCACUCCGCACUACUCUGUCGAUCUCCUACAGACUGUGACCUCAACAUGAUAUAAAAGCUUUUGGGGCACGGCCAGUUUCACGUGCCAACAUGUAAUUUAUGUGACCUUGGUUCACGAAAAGCCAAGUUGCAGACAUGUUGCAAGAGAGACCAAUAAAAGGGGGCAAAUGUUCACGGUAUCAGGGCGGUGCAGAGUCACAAGGAUGCAGUGUGUCUCAAGAUAAAAACCUGACAAGUGAGUCUCUUUUCCUAAAGCCUUCCUGUCGAGCAAAUUAACAGCUGCGGUGAGCAUCUCAAACAGAUUACACGUUCCAUGUAGCGGGUACGGAACAUUACUCCUCUCCUCGCUGCUCUCCAGAAGGAGAUGAAGCACUUUUCCCUCACGGCCGUUGUCCUUUAAAAGUUCUUAAAUACAAAACGACAAGCACAACGGAAAUAUGGCGCUCCUGCCGUUCCUCUCAAAUGAGCAAAUAGUUGAGUGGUUAUGGAUUGAGACAACAUUUGACGUGAAAUAAAAGUAUUUGAAUUUGACCAUAUGGUUUUCCGGAGAGAGUGCAACAAAAAAGCUUGCAGGUCAAGUCAGAAUGAGAAGCAAAUGAAUUCUCUCAUCUCUUUCUGUGCAGAAAGUGUAUUAGCAGGAGGCGACCAGCAGAUUCCAGGCAAACUCACCAUGGUGCAAUUGAAUCAGGGACAAGACUCCCCAGUGUGAAACAGAGAGCCAUACAGAAAUAGAUGAGCAGCACAUUGCGUAGUUAGGGACAUGGAGCUCAAACUGUUUAGAAGUGCUCAUUUCUCAGCAAGUACACCGCUCUCAACCCGACUGCGCUCCCUCCUACGUGCUCAAGUCAGGAGGUGAACAGCAUUUUGGACCAACUGGAGACGCUUGAGGGUCGACUGGUUGACUCCAAAAUGAAAUACAUUACAAUAAUCCACCAGAGAUGUUAGAAAGGCAUUUUAGCACUUCGAAACGUAAUGUUUCUAAGUGCUUUUAUGAAAGGAGAGGCUUUUGUUUAGCAGGCGGCCUAAAAAUGUGUUUGUUUGUUUUUAAAGCUGGAUUUAAUGGCACCACCAAUUAAAAAAAUCACUGUCUAAUUUGAAACCCAGAUUCUAGACUGCUAACAUUAGAUGAUAAGAUGCCAGUGGACCCGGGUCAACAGGGGGAGAUAUACAAGGGCCACUGGGGACCAUAAUUCAUUUGGAAGGUUGAGGUUCAAGAGGUUUCGUGCCAUCCAGGCUUUAAUUUCCUACAGACAGGACAAAAGUGGCUUUAAAGAGAAAGGGUCCUUUUUGCUUUGCGGUACAUAGAUCUGACUGUCAUCCACAAAGCAGCAAAAAGAAGUAUCAUGCUUUCUCAAUAUAGUACAAAGGAAUGAAAACAGCAGGGGCUCCGAAAUUGAACCCUGUGGAACGCUAUAACACAGUGGGGCAGAGUGGGACACAGAGCAACCAAGGCUAACACAAAAUAAUAAAUAAAUAAAUCCUGCCUGCCAAAUAGGACCUAAACCACUGCAGGGCGCUCCCACCAAUGCCCGCCAUGUGUUGUAAACAAGACAACAUAUACUGUGCCGUUUCAAACACUGCAGUCAGGUCCAACAAACAAGAUGCGCACAGUCUCCAGUGUCAUUAGCCAGGAGGAUGUCAUUAAAACCAUGCAGCAUCAUAAACCCUGACUGGAAACCUCGAGUUGAAAUGUUCUGACAUUUACUUGGAGGAUAGACAGUCAGAAAAGGAUCUUUUGUCAGCUCGGUGAGAGACUCACGUCAAAUGAUAUCGCCGCAAUUUAAAUUGGAAAUCCUUGAGAUUCUAUCCAUUUGGUGUGUGAAUACUGACAGAAUAUCAUUUUCACGAAUGUUUUUUGUUUGUCAAAAAUAAGGUGAAUGACAAUGCGGCAAAUUAUGGGAUAGCGUCACAUCAAAGCACUUACAGAGUGUGCAAUCGGAUUGAUACGUCGUCAUCCUAUGCUGCUCACAGCCCCGAGAAGGCAUAUUUGGAUGAUGCCUGGUCACUGCAGAGCACAGCAUCUCUCGGAAUUCACCUCCAGUCUUUUUCUGAGGGAGAUGUCAUGUUUUUCAGCUUUUCUGCCUUAACAGCUGUGUAUGAGCAUCUGUGGCUUUGCGAAGGCUGACACGCCUGCACUCUUCCGAGUCCAAACACGAUGGUUGCCUGGAAAGAGGGUUUUGGCUGACUGAGAAUAAGUAGGUCCUUAUUGGUGUCCCUGAAGCGAUGUGAAGAAAAUCCAAAAAGACUUGUUAUAUGCAGUAGGUCCAACCCCACCACCCCGUCCCCAAAAAAUAAAAGAAUAAAAAACAAAAUUUGCUCUUCUCCGAUUUGUUAAGAGCGGCGUAUGCCCUUUUCCUCUGUCUUGCGUAGUCUCUCCUUGACAAGCUAUCACAACACUGUCACACAUACUGCACCAGUGUCGAAGAUACUUCAAAGAGGAAUUUCAUUUGUCCGGAAAACAACUUCGGUCCCCUUUGCACCCUCUGGCAUUUCAAAAGCGAAAAAGAACAGACUCUGUAACUGACAACGGUGGCGAGGAAACGACUUGAGGUUUGCGUGUUUGCGGAAUGUUUCAAACAAAAUGUUUUUAUGCAAGGUCCUUUCCAUUUCAAUGUACAACGUUUCAUGCACUUUUGCUUCGACAUAUGCUGUGAGCGUGGUACUGUACAGUAUGUUUCAUUUGCAAAAUCGGCUAAGCAAGGAGCACAGCUACCAAUGCACAGUGUUUGAAGUGUUUUUGGAACUGAAGUUGUUGAUACAGCAGAUAUGCCUUACCAUUUUUUUUUAAAUAAUUGAAUGGAUUGCUCAUUUGGCUUUUGUUACUUAAAAUGACACAAAGUAAUAUUAAAGAGUUUGUUUUAAAAAUG